UUAAUAAACUCCAAUUUGAAUCCAUUAUUUCCACUAAUGGACGUUUCGCAUACGAUUUCCACGCAACCGUGCAAAUCGUCGUCCCUCCGUCGUCUUCCCGCGACCGCAUGACGUCCAGUCCCCACUUGCAUACCGAUCGAUCUUGCACAACAACCAUUUUAUAAUUACAUAAUCCGCUCGUUUGUUUUUUCCACCUAAUCGAUGACAGGUAUCGUGACAGAUGUUCCGACUGUCAUUUGUCCGUUGCGAGACAACGCUUCCGUGUGGCGCGAGAAAUGGGGUUAUGUUGAGUAUGUAGAGGUUCGUUAGAGCGAGGUGAAGCCGUCCCGGGUUAAUCGAGUGGUGUUGAUCGUUGAUCGUUGAUUGUUGAUCGCUGAUGGAUCCGCCGCCCGCGCCCCGUCGCCGGAAGUACGUAUUAUUGCCAUGUAUUUGAUCAGUCGGUUAAAGUGGGGUAGAGGCGAGGGCGUGCGCGCGCAGCGCUGGCCAUUUUGUCACAAUAUUAACCUUUUGUUGUGAUGUGUCUAUCGCGAUGAAUAAUGUCGUUUUCGGCGUCGUUUGAGGUUUCCGAGUGCGUGUCCCGUGCGCGAGUGCCGCCGCCGUCGGCGCAGUGAUGGUGCCCGCCGGCAGCCCCAGGCGCGAGUAGCCGCCGCCGACCGUUGCAACCGCCACUAACUGUCUGAAGCGUCGUUCGGGGGCGGCGUCCCCGCAAGAUGGCGGCGUGAGCGCGAUGUGCGAGCCCGAGGAGGUGCCCCAGAGCGUGUGGUCGCGAUGGAUCCUCGACGCCAUCCGCAAGAUCCGGUCGCAGAAGCAGCGGCCGAGCGUCGAGCGCAUCUGCCACGCGAUCCGCCAGCACCACGACUACCACGAGGACGUGGUGGCCGAGCACCUGGAGGCGGCGGUGCGGGACUGCGCCGUCCUGAAGGUCUUCAACAAGGGCCAGAGCUCGUACAAGGACCCGGGCGGCCUGCAGAGCCGCACGCUGCGCGUCGAGAGGGGCACGGACCUGAGCAAGGUCGUCGCCAAGGCGGUGCGGGAGCUGGGGGAGCGCGACGGCUCCACCAUCAAGUCCGUGGAGAAGUACGUGAGGCAGAGCCACACGGUGCUGGAGGGGCCGGACGUGGAUUUGAAGAACGCGCUGCGGAUGGCGGCCAAGCGAGCCGUCGCCAGGAAUUUGAUACUCCAGGACGGAAAGAGCUACAAGUACAACUAUAAUCACCAGAGCCCGAGCUCGAGGAAGAAGCAGGAGGCGGCGAGGAAGGUGGACGAGCACGGCGAGGCCGCCGCCAAGACCCCCGCCCCCUUGCCAAUCUGCACCGAAUGCCUCGGCACCGAGUCCAAGAACCGCAACGGCGCCCCGGAGAAGCUCAGCGCCUGUUCGGAAUGCGGAUCCCUGGUGCACCUGACAUGUACUUCGGCGGGACCGGAGUUGGCCACCCUUCUUUCCAAGGGAGGCAAAUGGUUCUGCGAGGACUGCAAAACCUGCGACGGUUGUGGCAACACGGGGGUGUCGACGUGUCUGCUGUGCUGUUGCAGUUGCGAGAGGAAUUACCAUAUGGACUGUCUGGAUCCGCCUGCCGAGAAGAAACCCAAGUGCCCGUGGAGGUGUAGGCACUGUCUGGGACAUCAUGAUAAGACGAAAAAAGCGGAUGCCAGCAGUAACGUUAAGAAAAAGAUCGAUAAGGUCAGGGAGAAGAUUAAAGAGAAGAACCAAAAGUCGAAAGAUGGCAGCACCCCGUCGAGCGGCACCGCGUUAUCGACGACACCGACAUCGAAGGGUAACCGUAAGAGCCGGAUACCACCGACCCCACAGGCGUUUGACAGUGACGACGAUAACAGCGACAGCGACAUAGAGGGUACGCCAUCCCCCACCACUUCACAUCAUCAUCUCCAAACUCCAGCCUCCCAUGUCCAUCCCUCCACCACCACCACAAUCAACAACAACAACAACAACAACACAGACCGCCUAGAAACCUCCGACCGAAUGUCCAAAGAGAAACAAAAGUUCUUCAGAUCGUCAGCGUUCAACAAAAAGCAGCAGGAAAAGAGCAAACAAAAACCGACGACAAAGAAAGUCAAAGUCGAGGCGGCGGCGGCGGCGAAGAAGAAGAAGCCGAGCUCGAGUUCGGAGUGCAGCGGCGGCAGCAGCGACUCCGACACCGACUCGUCGGUGGAGCCGUCGAACAGCGGCAGCAUCAAGAUCCCGAGCAUAUUCACGAGCAACACGAAGAAGAUGGAGACGUUCGGGAGCAUAAGCGGCAUCACGAUGGACAAGGACAAGCCGUGGGGCUUCGCGGUGGCGGCGGCGGAGGCGAAGAGGCGCGAGCUCGCCAGCGGCGAGCCGCUCACGUUCGAGAGCUUCAAGAACCAGACGUUCUCGUUCGACGGCGGCAGCAGCAAGAGCUUCUUUCCGUCGUUGGUCGAGGAGAAGAGCUCGAGCAACUCCAGCGACAAGACGAAACCCGGCUGCGGCCAGCUGCGGGGGCUGUUCGACGGACUGAGUCACCUGUUCGCCGCCGCCACCGAGAACCGCUCGAGCCGCGCCGCCCCCAACUACAACCCGAACCGGCGGCCGAAGAACCCCGAGGACGAGGACGAGAAGGGCCGCAAACGCUCGAACCCCUCCCCCGCCCCUCCCGAGCAGCCCAAGAAAGUGAAAUGUCCUCCCGUUGCGUCUUCCGCCUUUACUCCUUGUUCUUCCUCUUUACAAGAUAGCAUUCACCAGACCACCACCACCACCACGAUGACGCCUUCUAACCUCGUUAAGACGGCGGUUAAUUCGAAACGCCACGAGCUCGAGAGAAGGAAAAUUAAAAGCGACGGAGGGUUGGGUACGGUCGGGUUCGGACAAAAUUCGAUCGAGGAGGGUCGAAUGAAAAAACGCAAUCUUAUUGCAGAGGCCACACAGACAAACCAUCAUGCUAUGUCGGUGACGCCGACGCCGAUUACUACCAACAAUCAGACCGACGAGGUGAAGCCGCCGCAGCUGCCCCCAGGGGUCACCCAGAAGGACGUGGACCUGUUCAAGGAGACGAGAGAGAAGGCGAACGCGCUGCCCCCAGGCGGCGCUUUCGUCACGUCGCCGUCUCUGGCGAUGUCCGCCCAAGGACGCUGCCCGGCCGCCAUAGAGUUCGGCAAGUACGAGAUCCAGACGUGGUACUCGAGUCCGUUCCCUCAGGAGUACGCCAGACUGCCGAAGCUCUUCCUGUGCGAGUUCUGUCUCAAGUACACGAAGAGCAAGGCGGUGCUGGAGCGCCACCAGGAUAAGUGCACGUGGAGGCAUCCUCCGGCCACCGAAAUCUACCGGUGCGGGGACUUAUCAGUGUUCGAAGUGGACGGAAACGUGAACAAAAUAUAUUGUCAGAAUCUCUGCCUUCUCGCUAAGCUUUUCCUUGACCAUAAGACGCUGUACUACGACGUGGAGCCCUUCCUUUUUUACGUGUUGACGAAAAACGAUAAGAAAGGAUGCCACCUCGUGGGGUAUUUCUCGAAAGAGAAACACUGUCAGCAGAAAUAUAACGUUUCGUGUAUUAUGACCAUGCCCCAGUACCAGAGGCAAGGUUUCGGGAGGUUCCUCAUCGAUUUCAGUUACUUGUUGUCGAAGCGAGAGGGACAACCAGGCACCCCGGAAAAACCCUUAUCCGAUUUGGGUAGGGUCUCCUAUUACGCUUACUGGAAGUCCGUGGUCCUAGAAUACUUACACCAACACCGCAACGCCAAGUUAAAACUCACCGACAUCAGUAAAGAAACCGGGAUGUACUGCCACGACAUAGCUCUAGCGCUACAACUCCUCGGCUUCGUCCGGUGCGUCUCGUCCGAGUCCGGAAAAAAAGUCGUCCUCUGUAUCGACUGGACCAAAGUCGACACCCACGCCGAACGCGUCUCCAAGAGCAAAACCCGCAUCAAAAUCGACGUGGAGUGCCUGCGCUGGACCCCCUUACUCACCCCCACCGUCAACCCCUUCCGCGAAGAAAAGUCCGACGGCGAGAAGGAACCAACCCCCGCCGAAACCGCAGACAUCGUCGUCCCCCAACCCGAGAAGAUCAUAAUCGAGACGCAGCAAGGCGUCAAGAUGAAGAAAGGUAGGAAGAGAAAAAUCAGCACGGCACCUAAGACCCCCAAAACCCCCAAACCCGAACCCAAACCUCCCGUGACUCCCGCCCCUGUUCCCAAGAAGGAGGAAGAAGUGGAGGUGACGUCGUCCGGACGGCGACGAACUCGGCCUAGCAAGUACAACGAGACGACGUUCGCCGACGUCAAACCGAAAACCCACGAAAACAACAAGCGCAAACGCACCGAAACCACCGAACCGGAAGUCGUGGAGAAGAAACUCAAAAUCGAACCGGAAGUGAAGUUGGUGAAGUGCGACGAGGAGAUCGCGAGAAUGCAGAGGGAGAAGGAAGCGCAGAAGAAGAAGAGUGUCGGGGCGAAGGAGAAGGUCGUGGGGGAGAGGUGGUCGCAGAGGAGGACGAAGAAGCAACAGGAGAAAAAAGAGGAGGUGGUGGAAGAGAAGGAGAAAGAGAGUCCUGUGGAGGAAGAGAAGGUGCAGGGGGCGACGCCCGUCGCGGCCGCCAAGACCCCGAAGCCGAGGAAGAAGAGGCCGUUCGUGAAGAGCAAGACGAAGAAGCAGAUGACGAUCCCCGAGAUUAUAAAGAGUAAGUUGAAGGAGAGAGAAAGCGAGAGCGAGAGUUUGGUGUCGGAGAAGAGCGACGACGAGGAAGGGGAGAAGAAGGAGAAGAAGGUUAAUAGGAUUUCGGCUGAAGAGGACUCGAGUGCGGAGGCGGACGACGAGAUGGAGAAGGACGAGUUAGCGCCGAAAGCGUUCGAAGUCUCGCCUAACACCAAGUAUAAGUUGCCGAAGACUAGUCCCGCGAAGACCAGUCCGGCUAAGGAGAAAGUGGAGGCGGCGAGGAAAGAUCUCCAGAAGGUGGAGGAGGCGGAAGCGAAGAAUCCAGAAAAGGUGGCCGACAAACCGAAGUCGCCCACGAUGUACUCGUCGACGACCUCGGAAUCGGAGACCGAAAUCGACGGCCAGAAGAUUAAAACCAUCCACAAAGAAAUACUAGAGAUUAAUAAACCCGUCGUUGUCAAUAAUCAGAUAAAGCAAGAAGACUCACCGCCACAACCUAAACCCGAAGAGAAAGUCGAAGCGGACCCGGUGGAAGCUAGUCAGAAGACCGAAGAAGCUGUAGCGGAGGUCGAAAAGGUGGCGGAGCAACCAAUCGAGUUCGAUCGAAAGUCGUCUGACAUGGACAUUGAGAAGAUCGAUGACGAUAGAAACAAGAUUGUUGUGCAGCAGCCACCACCUCCUCCAGCGACGCCUAAACCGGUGGAAGAAAAACCUAAGGUUGAAGUUGAACCUGAGCCGGCGCCUAAACCCGAACCGCCUGUGGUCGAAGAAAAACAACCAGUAGAGCAAAAACCGCCGACUCCACCUCCUGAGAACGUACCGGUGAUCAUGGAGAAGAAGCCGCCAAAAACCGAGCCGCCUAAAGCCGAAACCCCCAAAGCAGUCGAGCCGAUUGUAGAAAACAAAACCGUGGUGGUGCAGAACGAGCCCAAGCCAAAAGAAAAAGACAAAGAGAAGGAGAAGGAAGCGAGUUGUAAACCUCCUACGGGUAGCAAGAGCGAACCUAAACCGAAACAUGAGGAGAAGCGCCACCACGACAAACCCAAACCCACCAAAGUGCACAUGGAGAACCCUGAAGGUCUCCUAGCGAAGACGGACUUCGGCAUGGCGGCGCCACAAAACUACCACCACAUGCCGCAAGCUCAGUAUAACCAGUGGCAGUGGAGUAUCCCGUGGGAUAAGUCCAUUUAUUACGACCCCACGAAACGCGAGUACGCCAGUUACCCCAUGCCACUGCAGUUCCCUCCCCUGGACAUGCUGUCCAAGCAGCAACCGAGCUGCGAGAAAGAGAAGCUCAAAGCGCACCGACACGAGGCCAAACAGAGCAGCAGCAAAACGAACAAAGAGAGCAAAGGCGAGAAGAACGCCUCUCCGAAGAAGGAGGAAAAGGGGAAGUCUCGCAACGAAAGCGAGGCGAAGAGUUCGUGCGCUGUCCAAAAAGUCGCUCCUCCGGAAAAACCCCCCAGUGCGAUCAAGAGUAAGUCCGACGGUGGCGAUUCCCAGAAAGCCGAGGUCGCGGAAAUGGCGCAGCAACAGCAACAGGUACAACAUCAACAGCAGCAGCAGCAGGCGCAACAGCAGAUGCAACCGCAACAGCAGCCGCCGCAGAUGACGACUCCUUCGAUUAAACACACACCUCCGACUCCUUCUUCCACUGACAAUAUCCCGUCGAUGGGUGUGUACACUCCCGAUUCCACGACAAAUUCCGUGCACAGUUUGCAUUACGGCCAGUGCGAUCUCGAUGUUGCUCAAUUAGGUCUCGAGUCGCCGGCGUCGAUUUCCAGCGAUAUGGCCUCGCAGAAUUCCGUCGAACCGGUGAGACCGCCGUCGGUGUUGCCGGUGAGCACGGCGCAACAGCCGCAGACCAACUACGACUGCACUGUACAGCAUAAUCUUCAGCAGAGUGGGUUACAGGCUUUCUCGCAGGUCCAACAGAACGCCGCCGUGCCCGCGUCCAGCCCGAACGUGAACGCCGCCCCCAUGCAGAUGCCCCAGCAGACCACGCCCCACCAGUCCGGCUCGAGCAAGCGUCAGAUGCAGCAGCCCCGUAACCGCUCCAGUACUCCGUCGACCAAUAAGCAACAAGCCAGCAUGAAACUCACACCUCCCGCUCAACAGCACGCCUCCGUCCAGCAGCAGCAGCCGCCGCCGCCGCAGCAGCAGCAACAGCAGAACCGCCAGCGCGCCACGCCCCCGACCGCCCAAACCCACCAGCACAUGCUGGCCAGCCCCACCCAGAACCAGCAGGUGCAGCACCAGAUGCAGCAGCAGCACCACAUGCACCACCAGGUCGCCAUGCACCAAAGCUACAGCCACCACCCCCAACUGAGCGCGUCGCCCAUGCACCACAACCCGCACCACCCCCACCACUCGGUCAUCAACUCCGGGAACUACAUCCCGGUGGCGGUGAGCACGCAGGGUUUCCCGGCGCAGGGGACCAGCACGUACGUAAGCGUGCCCAUGACGACGGUGAUCCAGCACCGGAUGAGCGCCCAGCAGAGUCUGGGGGCCACCCACCAGAAGCUGGCGCCGUCGCCGUCGUGCGCGGUCACCAGCGGGACGAACUUCUACAUCCAGACGAACCCGCACCCGCACGCGCACACCCCCACGCCCGCCCCCACGCCGGCACCGCAGGGCAACCCGGGCCAAGGCGGGAACUCGAGUUGCAGCCUGGCGAAGCUGCAGCAGCUGACGAACGGGCUGGAGAUGAUGCCGCCGAACUCGUGCAGCACGAUGACGCCGCCGCCGAGCGCGAUGACGCUGUCGCCGCCGCCCACGCACCACCCGCACGCCACGAUGACGCCGCCGCCGACGCACCAGAUGAUCCAGAACCAGACGGUGAGGAACUUGGCGCCGUCGCCGUCGGCCAUCCAGUCGCCGGUGUUGGGCUACCACCACAAGUACUACCAGACGAACAUGAACGUGAACCAGCUGGGCGGGGCGGUGACGCCGCCGAUCGGCCAGAACUUGGGGCGGUCGAGGAAUUCGACGAACGUGUCCGUGCAGCACAUGCAGACGACGUCGAGCCGGGUCAGUCCGAACGUGGCGGCGCUGAACCCGAUGUACAACUCGCUGAACGGGUACAGGAUGGCGGCGCAGCAGGCGCCCGGGCCGGUGACGGGGUACAUCACGAACACGCCGGCCGGGUUCAUCAACAACGCCCAGAUACCGAUGCAAAUGGGCGUGAUGAACAUGGCGCAGACGCAGUACCAGGACCCGACGGCGAUCCAGAGGGCGCAGCAGAACACGAUGUACACGUACGGGUACAUCAACAGCGGGUUGAUGCAGCCGCUGAACGGGACGAUGAGACGUUAAGAGUGUAGUGAUAUGUUUUCGUUUGUUUUCGUUGAAAUCAUGCCUUAUCCGGUUAAACGGCGGUUUUCGCAGGCUGUGCAGGCUACAUGAUCUGAUUGUAGAAAUAAACUGUUGUGUUGUUGUACAUACAAGGUGUCGGCACCUUGACUUUAUUUGUUGUUUAUUUGAUCGGCCUGAUCAAAAUGCAGAUUUUAUCGAAACUGGAUAUUUUGUAAGAUUUUUUAAAUGUUUAAGAAUUGACAGACGUUUCGGAACGCUUAUUUUGAUAAGAAGUAAGAAGACUUGGAGGUUUUACUUGAUUAUCGUGUAUAUUAAGAGUAUUAAUUUAUUUGAAAACAACUACUGUAAGAUAUUGUAAAUUUUGUGAAUACUAUAUUAAUAUUAAGUAACAUUUAAACAGGGACAAGGUUUUGAGAUGACUAGUUAUUAUUUCUUCACACAUUGUUAACUCGAACUAAUAUUGUUUUUUCUUUUUUCUUGUAAAGCGCAAUAGAUUUAAUGAUAAUCAAAAAAAUACAACUAAUAAAAAAUAGUCGUAAGUGUUUGAUGUUUUUAUCACUUAUUUUUAUUUUGUGUAGCACUGUGAUUAGAUUUGUUAGCUUGUUUCUUUAACAUUGUGUAUGAGCAAUUUCGCUGUAUAGUUUACAUUUGUAUAACUACAUGAUAUUAAAAAAUGUUAGUUUUUAA